AUUAAGAACAGAUGUACAUUUCUAUAUUUUUUACUUUCCUAAUUCAUAUAAUAAAAUCAAUAUACUCCUUAGUUCUCAUCCUUAUAACCAUAGUAACUAUUGUAAACAAAGCAAUAUACUGUAUCUGACAUCAGCUUGUUUCACUUGAACAAUAAAAGAAAAGAAUAAAAUAAAAAAUAUAUCUAUCUUAUUUAAUUAGUUUUUAAGUCAUAUCAUCAUCAUUUUCAAUAUGAAUUGUAAUAAUUAUUACAAUGUAUAUAAUUUUAAUUAUCAUACACCUACAGAGUGGCGAUAUAACAGUGAACAAGAAAUCACAGCAGCGGAAGAACAACGAGAAUUGGCCCAAAGGUUAACACUUGAAGCUGAUCGGUUAUUUGGCCAAGCUAAGGAUUCUGUGACGAAAAAUAAAUUGGACAUCGACUACCGGUCUAAGGUGAUAAUCAAGGACAUAGAGUACAAAUGUAAGGAAAUCGAAAAACAAAAAAACGAUUUGGAUGAAGAAAUUUGUUUGCUGUUGGGCUAUCAGGUGCGCAUUGACAAUGCCAACAAAUUGCUUGUCGGUGACGCGCUUGAUGCCAUUGCUGAGUGUCUUAGGUUAAGAAAUUAUCGUCAGAGCAUAGAUUUGGUGUUUGACGAUGUCGAGAAAGAACUGUUACGAGAACGCGAACUGAUCUUGGGCAUCAACGAUCAACUUGAAGAUUUACAAGAUAAGGUCGUGCUACAGAUCAGGAAACUGAGAAAAUUCGUUUACAACUUAGCUGUGGAUUUACAUUGUAAGAAAAGUGCGUUAAAAAUUGAAGAGCAAAACAAAAAUCUUAACGAAAACACUAUCAAGAAAUCGAUUUUGAACAAUAAAAACAUAUUCAAACCUGCUACGAUUUCGACCACGGAAUGGGAUCGAUUCACAUUAGACAUAAUUUCGGCAGCUAAUAAAGUACUUGUGGAUGGACGACCCAUUCGUGCAUUUUUUGACAAGUGUCUGAAUAAAAUGUUCGAGGACCUAGUAGGCCAAUCGGCCGCAGUCGACUUAGCAUUUAAACUGCGAGUGGAAGAAUACCUUGAAGUGAUUGAAAAAUUGAACGAACAAAGAGUCGAAACGGUCAAAAAUGUCGGAGAAGUACAAGAAACAAUCGAAAAAUUAAAAAGAGCUAUUGACGACAGGGAGGCAUGCUUAGCACUAGCUCACACGCGGCUGUUGAACCGGACGCGCAGAGAAGGCGUCGAACUGUGCCGGGAUGAGCUGGAAGUGAGGCUGUUUGACGAGGUGGUUCAACUGGAAAACGACGUGAAAAGUCUGCAAAAUAUGAUGGCCGAAUCUGUGGAAUGCCGUAGACGUCUUAAACAGUCCACCGCCCGUAUCGAUGUGCAGCUGCAAGUCAAACAGAAUUCAUUGCGUAUCGAUAACGAGCUGUGUACCGAGCAACGGAAACGCGUCAACUACCGAGCUUUUUAAAAUACUCGUCGGACGCGGAUCUAUAGGUUGUUGUUUUUUUGUGUGUGAGGGGGGAAUUAAAUCGUAUACUUAAUUUUUUCUCCCCAAUCCUACCUUUAUUACAUUUUAAUUUACAUAUUUCAUUAAAAAAUUCUCAAAUCAUAUAUAAGUUUUGUCGUAGAAUUAUGAUCAUAUGGGCGUUUUGUAUAGACUACUUAAGGUACAUCAUUGUUGUCUAUGCAUUUUUUAGUUAAGCAAUUUUAUAUCCUUCGAAAAAUCCUAUGUUGAUACACAAAUAUCAUAUACUGGAUAUGAAAUCUGGUAACGAAAAUAGCACGUUAAACUUACAUUACAAUUAAUAGGAGCAAUAUAAGGCACUACUUUUAUCCGUUUCAAUUACACAAUUUACAGUCGAAUUACUGCUACAGAUUACAGGCUUUUACGAGCCAUUAAUUAUACAGCGACAUUAUAUUAUAAAAUACUAGCUGAAUUACCUUUGCCACAAUUUAAACAAAUCUUUCUUUCGUUUUCCGUCUUAUUUUAAUUGAAAUACAUAACACAAAUUACAUUUAUUACUUUAUUACCUACAGUGAUUAAUUUUCUCAUUUU